UCGACUGGUCAAUUAACAUAUGUUAAUCAAACAACAAAAAAACAAGUGAGGAAAGUUCCCCCAUCUGAGGGAAAUCUUUUCGCGCCAGUGCGUUCAGGGGUUUCCCUUGUAAUAGUGUAAUUGUCAUAAAAAACGAUAGGGAUAAAUUGUUUGGAACGUACUCAGUAUACAUUAAAAUUCUUAUAGGUCAAGCAUCCGUUUGCAUUCGACGUUUUAAUUGAAGAGCCCUCAGGUUGAUUUCUCUUUUUUAUUCUCCGCUAAUUGAACUCUCAAAACUUGGUCCAACUCUUCGCACGAGGAUCUUGGGUACAAUGGGCAGAAAACAUAUCAACUAAAAAUAAAACUACUACUCGAUUGAUUCGACGAAGGAAGCCGCUAAAGUACGCAUUACAAGCUGUAAUUAACGCUAGUGGGAUACACAUAAAUUACGCUAAGUAUUACGAGACGUUGCGUCUCCUUGGAGUUCGCGAUGGUGGUGGCGGUGACGUAGAGGAAAACACGAUUAAUGAAGAGGGGGAUGCGAUUAUAAAGAUAACCAAACUAACUCUUCAUUCAUUCACAGUUCGCACGUGUUCGACUAGUAAAUUUUUCGUGUAAAAUAAUGGACGUCGAAGAGUUUCGCGUUCGCGGUAAAGAGAUGGUGGAUUAUAUUUGUGCGUAUUUGGCGACGUUGCACUCGAAGAGGGUGACGCCGAACGUCGAGCCCGGAUACUUGAAGGAGCUCAUACCGGCGGAAGCCCCGCAGGAACCCGAAGAAUGGGACAACAUCAUGGACGAUGUCGAUUCGAAAAUUAUGCCAGGAGUUACGCAUUGGCAGCAUCCACGUUUUCACGCGUACUUUCCUUCCGGUAACUCGUUCCCGUCGAUUUUGGGCGAUAUGCUAUCGGACGCUAUUGGAUGUAUCGGAUUUUCAUGGGCUGCCAGUCCGGCCUGCACGGAGCUGGAGACUAUAGUAAUGGACUGGCUGGGAAAGGCGAUCGGUUUACCUGCAGACUUCAUCACGCAUAACAGGCACAGUACGGGAGGCGGUGUGAUACAAUCGUCGGCGAGCGAAUGUGUGCUCGUCACGAUGUUGGCAGCACGAAAUCAAGCCAUAAAAUACCUCAAGCAAAAUAACUCCUAUUUGGACGACAGCUCCUUUCUGCCAAAAUUAGUGGCCUACUGCUCCAAAGAGGCCCACUCCUGCGUGGAAAAAGCGGCGCUAAUCCUCUUGGUUCGGCUGAAAAUCUUGGAUGCCGACGACAACGGCUCACUUAGAGGCGACACCUUAAAAAAGGCGAUCGAGGAGGAUGAGGCGAUGGGGCUCACGCCAUUUUUCGUUUCGACAACCUUAGGCUCGACAUCUUGCUGCUCAUUCGACAACCUCCAAGAAUUGGGACCCAUCUGCAAGUCCCAGCCAUGCGUUUGGCUCCACGUCGACGGCGCCUACGCCGGUAACGCCUUCAUCUGCCCAGAACUGAAACCCUUAAUGGCCGGCAUCGAGUAUGCAGACUCCUUCAACACAAACCCGAACAAAUGGCUACUGACAAACUUCGACUGCUCCUGCCUAUGGGUCCGAUGCCGAAAGAAGCUCACAUCGGCUCUCAUUGUCGAACCGCUCUACCUCCAGCACGCGAACUCGAACGACGCGAUCGACUACCGCCACUGGGGAAUCCCUCUGAGCCGACGAUUCCGCUCUUUAAAACUGUGGUUCGUACUGCGCAAAUACGGAAUAUCAGGCUUACAAAAGUACAUUCGUAAUCACAUACGUUUAGCGAAACACUUCGAAUCCUUAGUGCUCAAGGACCGAAGAUUCGAGGUGGUCAACGACGUUAAACUCGGUUUAGUGUGCUUUCGACUGUUAGGUCCCGAAUCGAUUAACCGAACAUUGCUGGCAAUGAUUAACGCCUCGGGUAAACUGCACAUGAUCCCCUCAAUGGUCAAAAGUAAAUAUAUCAUAAGGUUUUGUGUCGUCAAUGAGUACGCCACAGAGCCGGAUGUCGAGCAAGCGUGGAAAAUAAUCGCAGACAGCGCAACUGAUCUGCUAGCAACACUAGACAAGCCCUUAUCGCCGGACCUCGUCGUCAGACCCCCACUUACGCGAACCAAAUCGAGACAGUUCUCCUUUACUAGAAGCGUAUCAAGGGAUAUCUACACAAGGUCACUCAGCAAGUCGAAUUUGUACGACGGGGCUACACCAAUUCUCAUACCCGAUGACGAGACGGACAGCCCCCCAAACGACGAUUUGCUAACCGAAAUUAUCGGAUCGACACCCACCGAAGACCUCUUUCACAAAGAAUUUAACGAUUUCAGUAUUAGUAACGUAGAGAAAUGCCAAAGGAUUCUAGAGAAUGCCAAACCUUAAACUUGUUCCAAACCUAUUGUUACGCAGUGCUAUUUAUUAAUAAAACGUUUGUAAAUA